UGAGCCGGGCACUGCCCCCCACCGCCCUCCGAGAGCCUGGGGCUGGCCCCGCCGCACAGCCUCGCCUGAGCCCCCUUCUUUCUGCGCCCUAAAUCGCCGGCGGGGAGCCGGAAGAAGGUGGCCCUCGGGCACAGCGCCGCCGAGAUGUCCGCGCAGAGUCUGCUGCACAGUGUCUUCUCCUGCUCCUCUCCCGCUGCGGGCGGCGCGGCCUCAGCCAAGGGCUUUUCCAGGAGGAAGCUGCGCCAGACCCGGAGCCUCGACCCGGCCCUGAUCGGCGGCUGUGGGGGCGAGGCCGGCGCGGAGGGCGGCUCGCGGGGGGCCACCGGGGGCCGCCUCUGCACCUUGCUGUCCGCGGCCGAGGGUCUCGGCUCCCGCUCGGCGUCCUCUCGGGCCCCACCCCUCCGGACCAACCGACUCCCGCCCCCUAGACCCCUCUGCUCGUCCUUCUCGACACCCAGCACCCCGCAGGAGAAGUCACCCUCUGGCAGCUUCCACUUUGACUAUGAGGUACCCCUGGGGCGCGGCGGCCUCAAGAAGAGCAUGGCCUGGGACCUGCCUUCCGGCCUGCCUGGCCCAGGCAGUGGCCGCAGCGCUGUCCUCUGCUCCUCCGCGGGAGGCCCCAACGGCAUCUUCGCUUCUCCCAGGCGGUGGCUCCAGCAGAGAAAGUGCCAGUCCCCACCCAACAGCCAAGGCCACCCCUACGUCGUGUGGAAGUCCGAGGGCGAUUUCACCUGGAACAGCAUGUCAGGCCGCAGCGUGCGGCUGAGGUCAGUCCCCAUCCAGAGUCUCUCGGAGCUGGAGCGAGCCCGGCUGCAGGAAGUGGCUUUUUAUCAGUUGCAGCAGGACUGUGAGCUGAGCUGUCAGAUCGCCAUUCCCAAAGAUGGACAAAAGAGAAAGAAAUCUCUGAGAAAGAAACUGGAUUCACUAGGGAAGGAGAAAAACAAAGACAGAGAAUUCAUCCCUCAGGCAUUCGGAAUGCCCUUAUCCCAAGUCAUUGCCAAUGACCGGGCCUAUAAACUCAAGCAGGACUCGCAGAGGGAUGAGCAGAAGGACACAUCCGAUUUUGUAUCUUCCCUCCUCCCAUUUGGAAACAAAAGACAAAACAAAGAACUCUCAAGCAGUAACUCAUCUCUCAGCUCCACCUCGGAAACACCAAAUGAGUCAACAUCCCCAAACACCCCAGAACCAGCCCCUCGGGCCAGGAGAAGGGGUGCAAUGUCGGUGGAUUCGAUCACAGAUCUUGAUGACAAUCAGUCUCGACUGCUAGAAGCUUUACAACUCUCCUUGCCUGCCGAGGCUCAAAAUAAGAAAGAAAAAUCCAGAGAUAAGAAACUUAGUCUGAAUCCUAUUUACAGACAGGUCCCCCGGCUGGUGGACAGCUGCUGUCAACAUCUAGAAAAACAUGGCCUCCAGACAGUGGGGAUAUUCCGAGUUGGAAGCUCAAAAAAGAGAGUGAGACAAUUGCGUGAGGAAUUUGACCGUGGAGUCGAUGUGUCUCUGGAGGAAGAGCACAGCGUUCACGAUGUGGCAGCCUUGCUGAAGGAGUUCCUGAGGGACAUGCCGGACCCCCUUCUCACCAGGGAGCUGUACACGGCUUUCAUCAAUACUCUGUUAUUGGAGCCCGAGGAACAGCUGGGCACCUUGCAGCUGCUCAUCUACCUUCUGCCUCCCUGCAACUGCGACACGCUCCACCGCCUCCUCCAGUUCCUCUCCAUGGUGGCCAGGCACGCCAGUGACAACGUCAGCAAAGAUGGGCAAGAGAUCACUGGGAACAAAAUGACAUCUCUAAACUUGGCCACCAUAUUUGGGCCCAACCUGCUGCACAAGCAGAAGUCAUCGGACAAAGAGUUCUCUGUCCAGAGUUCGGCCCGGGCUGAGGAGAGCACAGCCAUCAUCGCGGUGGUGCAGAAAAUGAUUGAAAAUUAUGAAGCCCUGUUCAUGGUUCCCCCGGAUCUCCAGAACGAAGUGCUGAUCAGUCUGUUAGAGACAGACCCUGACGUGGUGGACUAUUUACUCCGAAGAAAGGCCUCCCAAUCAUCAAGCCCUGACAUGCUGCCGUCGGAAGGUCCCUUUUCCGUGGGAGGAAGGCACUCAUCCACAGACUCCAACAAGGCCUCCAGCGGAGACCUCUCCCCUUAUGACAACAGCUCCCCUGUGCUGUCCGAGCGCUCCCUGCUGGCUAUGCAAGAGGAUGCGAGCCCGGGGGGCUCGGAGAAGCUUUUCAAAGGGCUGGAGCAGGACUUGCUGGUGGGCCACUUGACAUCGUCAAAAUCCAGGGAGAGUUCUCCUGGACCAAGGCUUGGGAAAGAUAUGUUGGAGGAGCCUUUCAAUAUCUGGGGAACUUGGCAUUCAACAUUAAAAAGUGGGUCCAAAGACCCAGGAAUGACAGGUUCCUAUGGCGACAUUUUUGAAAGCAGCUCCCUAAGACCGGGGCCAUGCUCCCUUUCCCAAGGGAACCUGUCCCCAAAUUGGCUUCAGUGGCAGGGGAGUCCCACAGAACUGGACAGUGGUAUGCAGGUUGUUCAAAGGACUCAGCCCACGGCCACCGUCAUGCAGCACAGAGCCCACCGUCCUGUGUCCCGCAUCUGUAGCCCACCCCACACCCAGGGCAGUGGCCGGAGGUCGGAGCAGUACUUGACUCUGAGCAGCGCCGAGGACCUCACCGAGAGCGAGCUGGAUGUGACCCGGCAGCAGAGCCAAGCCAAGCUUUUGCCCCAGAGACCUCGAGAGAGUGCGAGGCAUGACAAGAGGCCUCCUCCUCCUUAUCCUGGUCCAGGGAAGCAAGCUUUCACAUCGUCCCACCAGCCCACGGAGCCACCGUUGUGGAGACCUCAGAGACCAGAAGAAGAUUCCAGAACAGCUUUGGAAGACGGAAGCCAAACAGCUGAGCGAGAGCACCGGGCUGCCCAGCAGAAACUGAGCAGUGCUUACGCCAGUCCUGCCAGCGAUCAGAACAGUAAGACCUUGGGCGAGACCAACUGGCUAGACUGGCAGAGAGAGCGGUGGCAAAUCUGGGAGCUCCUGUCGGCCGACAACCCCGAUGCCCUCCCGGAGACGCUGGUAUAAGCCCACCCAAGCUCGCGCCCUCCCGUCCCAAACAGCCUUCUUUCGCUCAGUAGGGGAAAAAGUUGGUGUUGAACAAUUGGACACUCUCUUAUUUCUCUUCCUUUACACAUCUAAAAAAUAACACAAAAGAAGCUCAGUUCACUUAAAGAUAUAGAGCACUAGUACCCUGGCCACUUAGAAUAAAGUUCUGUUGCAUAGCCAGCCUUAGGAAAAAACAAAAACAAAAACAGAUGGCCAUGUCUCAUCUAAAACCUAUUCACAUUGCCUCUGUAUAAGAUAAAACUCUUGCUUUGGUUUUGCUUAUUUGUGUUUAUGUGACUAUAGUUUUGACUAUUGUAUAUUCUGUAACAGAUUAUGUAUGAUAAUCAUAUAUGAUAUAUUCACAGAAAACAAAAGGAACAAUUUUUUGUAAUCACUUCACUUACACUAUGUAAUGAGAAUCUAUAGAAUGUUCUAGAAUAUGCACAAGCAGGUUUCUGUGCUUUUGCCAUAGCUUUUUAUCUGGGGACAGCCCUACCUUCAAUGCCUAAGAAAAACACUAACAAAACAAAACAAAACAAUAUGCGAAGCCAUAUUUUUAUAUAGUAGUGAGAUACAAAAAAUAUAGUUACUGGAUGCUUUUUCAUAUUGAAUGUUUUAAGGAAAAUAUUAAAUUUGAUAUGUUAUGGAAUAUAUUUUUAGAAUCUGUUUAGAAAGGAUUCAGUUAAUCAAACAAGAGAAAGGCCGUGCCUAGCAAAGAAAGGAUAAUUAAGAAGUUGUCCUUCCCAUUUUAGGUCCAAUUCAAUUUUAUAUAGACCAUAUAUAAUAUAUAUUUAUAAUGUAUAACUUUUAUGUAUUUUUCAAAACUACAAACUGGAAUCCAACUAUAAAGUGUUUAAGAAUCUAAAUAGAGUAUUCAAAUUACAGAACAUGGUUUUUCCUUUUGCCCCAUAAUCAGUAUUAACCAAAUUAUCUGCAACGCUUUGAAAAGUAAGUCAUGUUGCGAAAAGAACUACAGCUUUGUACUGACAUCGUGCCAAAGGCUGAGGAAAUGUUUUCUUCGGUAAUUUUGUGUGUAUUGUAUGUAAAAUGCUCCUACCUUGUACUUCAGCAGUAAUUUGCAGUUUGUCAAUUGCAAAACCAUAUUUGACCAGCAGGUGGCGAUUCGCUACAGUAUUCUAUGAGGUUUUUUUUCACUUCAUAAGGGAAUGUGUAUUAUAGAAAAAGAAUUUUUUUUAUAAAACAUUCUACUCUUAAUUUUCAUGUGGGCAAUGACAUUUUCAGUGGGUUUCUUAAAGUUCUGUCCUGUGCUAUGAUGAAUAAAAAGUUAAGGCUUUG